AUGAAGAGGAACGUGAACAAGGAGUACAUACAAGAUUGGGACAGCCAGGAUGUACAGGAAGCAGAAAAUGAUGACAUUUAUGCCAAAUGGAAGCAACGGCACGUUGAAGACCACAAGAACUACGCCACAGCAAGAACGAAAGCACGGGAAAAGGCUAUAGCAGCAGCGUUUGUUUCUUUUGGACAUGUUUUCGGCCUUGGUUUGACCGACAGCCAAAUGAUGGAUUAUGUGAUGACCCGAGCAGGUCUACCUGCACGCAUACUUGGCGAAGUAUACGGAUGUGAUCGAAGGGCCACAAACACCAAGUUUGACAUGCUACUUUGGAGCACAAUCAUGGCAGACGUGAAAUCAAGUCAUGGACAAGUUAAAAGCAUAAUGGCGGCUGAUGUUGUUGGCACUACAGGAUACAUUUACUUGCUCGCCUUGACGAAGGAUGUCUACAUCCCCAUUUUGAUCGAUGCUAUUUUCUUGCCUGUGGAGUUUUGUGAACCGAAGCUGUUCGAAAGGACUUUUAUUGCAGAAUUGCAUCGGAUCAAGCGUAUCGUUAUGACAUCUAACGUCAUUGAAGAAUCCAAAGCUUAUCUCAAGGCUCUUUACACCGUGCAACAAUCGCAAACGCUCAAUUGA